UCCAUGGGGGUCUCCACCACAGGCAGUCGCUCCCUUCUGGAUCAGAACGGGGUUUGCGCCACCAUGCCACAAGUUGAUACCAGGGGCGUGGAACAGUGGUUGCCGACCCCUCGUGAGAAGGAGCUGCUGCGUCGAACAUGGAGCGAUGAAUUUAAAUUUCUCUAUGAACUUGGCUCUUCUAUCUAUGUAUACAUUUUCGAGCAUAAUCCGCACUGUAAGCAGCUAUUUCCUUCAAUCGCCAGUUACGGUGACGAUUAUAAGGAUUCGCGCGAGUUCCGAAUUCAAGCUCUGAGAUUUGUGCAGGUAUUUUUAUAUAGUUUUUUGCUAACUUUUAUUUUACACAUAGGAGGCGAUCGUUCCUUCACCAGGCUCACCAAACUUGUCACCCCUCCAGAAUCGGGAAAUUCACACUGGAUUCAAGUAACACCAGCAUUCAAUGCCAUUUACGACGAAGACAGAAGUUCCCAGGAUCGACUUUCUCUUAACCUCGGCAUUGGAAUAUGA